ACAGAGAGCUUUCACACUCAGGCUAAAUCUACCUUGAACAACUAUUGAAAACAAGAGAUUUUGUGUUUUUCAUUAUAAUGGACCUUAUAAGGGACUAUACUCUAAGACUUCUCCGGUGCUAAAAGGUGGGGGGCUCGUAUGCUUUCAACCCAAAAUGUUGCUGAACAUGGUGGACACCUCGACUCCCACUCUCCCCCCGGAUAACUGCAAGGUCCCCACCCCGCUGACCUACCAGAUCCUGUCCUGGGUCAUGAUUGGACAGUUUGUUCUGGGGCUGCCGCUCAACCUCUCCGUCCUCUACAUCUUUAUAUUCAGGUAUAAAUUCUGGAAGAAUAAGAGCAUCUUCUUAUUUAACAUAGUGGUGGCUGACUUCCUGCUGGUAGUGUGUCUCCCUGUAAAGGCCUACCAUUACUUGCAGGGAGAGCGGCACAGCCCAAACGAAGCGGUGUGCAAGAUCAUGCUCUUCAUGCUCUUCCUCAAUCGCGGGGCCAGCAUUGCCUUCCUCAUCACUUUGUCCCUGGACCGCUAUUUCAACGUGGUCCACCUGGGCAGGAGAAACUGUGUCAAAGUCCUGAAGAAGACCCCCCAGAUCUCUGUGGUCAUUUGGCUGCUACUUCUGCCCCUCACCAUCCCCACCAUGGUGCACACAUUUAACUGUUGCAACAGCCACGGACGGGUCAAUGAGACGUACCUCAGCAACGUGAUGGACACUGUCAGAGAGGUAGUCUUCUUCACCCAGAUUAUCAUCCCAUUUAUAAUCCUUGUCUUCUGUACGGUGCGCAUCGUCAACCGUUUAAGGAGGAAGACCGUAGGAGACAAGACCAAGUUGCAGCGCGCAGUUUGUGUGGUACUGUCCGUCAUCUUUGUUUUCUCCAUCUGCUUCCUGCCCUGCGCCAUCGCACGAGCAGUACUUCUCUUUGUCCGCAUCAUCGAAAUUCAGAGUGCAGAGGACAUAAUGGUACAGGUCUAUGACAGUCUGAUGGUUCUGUCGUAUAUAGACUGCCUCCUGGACCCACUGGUGUACUGCUUCUGUAACACAGGCUUCAAAAAUGCAUACAUCUCCAGCUUCUGCCCCCCAUUUCUCAAGGAAAAGCUGUUAAGUGCAGACUUUGGGAAGGAAGCGGCAACAACUGCAACAAGUACUACUACAAAUUCUGGAGGAAGGAUUGUUUCCAUACCAACUACAGUGAAGUAAAAUAAC